AUGCGUAAAUACUCCCUCUGCAUCCACCAUCAGCAGUAUCUUCCCCAUCUGUCAUCCUUCUCCGACAAGGAGCUUCACACGCCUGUCCUGCCAAAACAUCAUCCAACCCAUCUCGAAGCCGCGCUCGAUGAUCACGCGCUCAAUCGACUUGAUAUCGAUAGGUUCCUCAUUCAUACGGGCUUCGGUGGUACCCAGCAAACGGGUGGCUUUGCGAGGACGGGGGCACAAUCUGGUAAACCUCAAAGAGCUAUUGGUUAUGAGGAUGUGUUUGAUAAUGGCGCGCUCUAUCGACUCGAUGCAGACAGGAUGCUCCUUGAUACCAAGCACCAAGCACCUUUGCAACGAGCGGGCCAUAAACCGCCGGUGAACUCUACGAAGCUGUUUCCCAUAAGGUCCCGGUCAGGCAAGCAAGUAAAAGGACUGCCUGGAAUAGGAUCGCCGGGUUCAUUCUGCGUCCCUACUCCCUUCAUACCCACUCCUGUCUUCACCGUCUCGAAGCUGCGGUUGAAAAGAGUGCACACGUCGCUUUAA